UCCGAGGGUCAUGGCAUAACUCACUCUUUGUUCUCUGCAUAUUGGCUCUGCCGCCCCCCUACGCCCCUCUCUCUCUCUCUCUCUCUCUCUCUCUCUCUCCACUGUGAGUUUCCGUUGCCGCCCCAAUCCCCUGCCUUCUCUGGUUGCAGCUUCGUCAAGCCUUCCGCCCUUCCCCACGCCGUUCGUCCAGCCCCUCUGCCUCGUCCGUCGCACGCCGCCGCUCAUACCGUUUCCAGCCCUCGGUCUCUUCCCUGCCGUUGCCUCGUACUCCGUCCGGCCAGGGAACGUUGCCGCCAGUUACGUCGUACCCCAGUGCCGUCUCACUUUUAGUUCCUUCCCCUACACUUUGCCACAGCCUCCGCCACACCCUACUUGGAGUACCUCGCACCACAGCAAUUCGACUUUAGGGACGAACAAAUCCGUUUGAUUCAGAUGUCGACGAUGAAGAAACCUGAUAAUCUGGUCUCCCAUUCAAGCAAGACCAAGUUCGAGGACAGCGAUGAACACGAGUCGUCCUCUUCUGAAUAUGUGGAGGAGGAGGAGGAGGAGGAGAUAAAGCGUGAGCUCGCUGAUGCUACAUUCGAAGAAUUGCAACGAGCGCUUUCAGAUGGGUCGCAUUUGGAGUAUAGAAAGCAUUCGCUGAAUAAAAAGCACCAUGAGGAAAAAAAACCCGGAAGGGCCAACAAGAAUAGGCCGAUGGAGGCGAGUAGCAAGAAGCCGGUUGGUAGGUUUAGAGAGGUGGUUCAAGCUCCCAAGAGGGUUAUACGUGACCCCCGUUUUGAAUCUUUAUGUGGUGCAUUUGAUGCCAAACAGUUUAGGAGCAAAUAUAAUUUUCUCUUUAAGAAAUACGAUCCUGAUAUAAUAGAGAAAGAACGAAAGAAGUUAGACAAAUCCAAGGAUCCAGAUGCCAUAAGCAGAUUUCAAAACAGCAUAUCUUGGAUGAGGGGUAAUCUUCCUGCUGAAAGAGAGAAACUACGGAAGCAAUUAGCAAAAUCAAAUAACCCAGAAGUCAUUGGUGAAUUAAAGAGCCACAUAAAUUGGAUUGAAAAGCAGUUGAAGUCUGAGUCAGGUCAGCGUACUGAUGCAGCAAUUCUGGCUGAACACAAGAAGAAAGAGAGAGAAGCAGCAAAGAAAGGAAAACAACCAUUUUAUCUCUCAAAAAGUGCACUCCGGAAGCAAAGGCUAGUUGAGAAAUAUGAAGAUCUCAAGGCGUCUGGUAAGCUUGAUGCCUUUAUCGAGAAAAGAAGAAGGAAGAAUGCUGCAAAGGACCAUAGAUACAUGCCAUACCGCAGGUCCAACAACCAUGCGCAACCAAAUUAAUUGUCUCACAAGUUUUGGUUUCUUGCAUCAUUGGAGAUCUAUAGCCCCAUGGAGUUUUUUCUUUGAUAAAGAGAGAACUUGUUCCACAUUUUGGGUGGGUUUGUAAGCUUGACUUUCAGUGCAUGUAACAGAAUGUUGGCAAGUAGCCAGCAUAGACUUGUUGUAUUGACCCUUCUGCCGUUCUUGCAUGAAGCUCAAUGCUACAUAUUGUUGUUAGUUUUCCAGCUUGAUCAUGACCUUCGGUAUGCAAGUGUAAAUUGAUAUCCUCA